GAGGGGAAGAAGAAGGUUUAGGUGACAGGAGAGAAGACUAAAGCCUGGUCUGAACUCUGCUUCCACAGGCUGAGGGAGAGCGCCCUGAAUGAAUAAUUGGGUGGCAGUGAACAGACACCCCACCCACCACCCCCUGACCUGCUGUGAAGUCGCCGGAUCCACUCCACGUUUUUCCCUGCGCCCUUAUUAAGCGUUGUGUGGGUUAUAAGGAGAAUUAGAGGAAAUAACAAGCCACAACAAACAAGAAGGGCGUGCAGAAUAACAGGAAAACGUUGGUAUGUGCUGACUGAAUGAGGGAAAAUGUGACGAAAAGCGAGGGAUUCAGGACGCAUUUCUUUGCUGCUGCUGCUGCUGCGUUCACGGAUCAUCUGUACCUUCACCGGAGGAUGCUGCAUCUCUGGAACCGCUGCUAUCUGCUCACAAUCCGUGCAGUCUGCUCAGUUGCAUCUCACUGUGAAUAUUACAGCGUGUGACGGGGUGGAGGGAGAUGUGCGAAGAGGCUUUCGGGGAGCAGAAAGGUUGAGUAUCUGCAAAGGAUUUUUCUGCGCGCUGUCUCCAUCACUGCCGACUUCUAUUAGACGCACAGGAGGAGAAAAAAAAAAAAAGGACAGUCUUGCUUUCUCCUCACUGUUAAAUUAUUUAGGAGUAUCUGUUCCUCAAGACCAACAUAUGCUGGUGUCUUUGUCUAACAUCUUCCGUGCAUGAUCUUACAACACUUGAAGUGGCGGUGACACGGAUGAAUGCCGAUGGCCAGGCGCCCCAAAUUUCCUCAUAAGGGGGAUGCAACCUAAAAUAACCCCGGUGCCAAAUGCUUUCCGCACACCGCAAGCCGAGGGAGCCCUGAAUCUGUGACACCUAUACGGCAUCUCUGGAGACUCUCCCCCCUCCUGUCCCCCCCCCCAGCACCAUUCGGAGCCCGGACGCCGGCGACUUUUUAAUGGCUUUUGUGUUCAGAAGAUGGAGGGUUUUACUGGUGCUGAAUGUGCUUGCUGUUGCUGGGUUCAUGACUUUCUGGGCCAAGUGCAACACACGCAGCGUCCAAGCCGCCGGUCCGGAGGCUCCGGCUGACGGGAAGAGGCCCCGGGGCAACGGGACGGCGCAGGGGCCCAGCAUCAGCCAUGAGGUGCUGCUGAAGAGGCUCAGCUCGCUGGAGGACGUGGUGUACAGGCAGUUAAACGGUCUGUCCAAAUCUCUGGGUCUGAUUGAGGGCUUCGGGGGUCGGGGUAAAGGUGGCCUCCCUGCUACACUGUCGCCAGCCGAGGAGAGCGACGCUAAAUACCUGAGGGAGAAGUACGGCUACAACGCCUACCUCAGUGACAGAAUCUCUCUGGAUCGGACCAUACCAGACCACCGGCCCGGCAAAUGCAGAAAGGUCAGCUACCCAAGAGACCUCCCCCAGAUCUCCCUCAUCUUCAUCUUUGUCAACGAGGCUCUGUCGGUGAUCCUGCGCUCAGUCCACUCAGCUGUCAAUCACACUCCGGCUCACUUGCUUAAAGAAAUCAUCCUGGUGGACGACAACAGCGAUGAUGAGCAGCUGAAAGGACCGCUGGAGGAGUACGUGAACAAGCGCUACCCCGGCCUGGUGAAGAUCGUCAGGAACCAGAAGAGAGAGGGACUGAUCCGAGCCAGAAUCGAGGGCUGGAAGGUGGCCACUGCUGAGGUGACAGGAUUUUUUGACGCCCAUGUGGAGUUCACCCCAUCUUGGGCCGAGCCGGUUCUAGCCAGAAUAAAAGAGGACCACAAGAGGAUUAUUCUGCCCUCCAUUGAUAACAUCAGGCAUGACACGUUCGAGGUGGAGCGCUAUGAGAACUCAGGCCAUGGCUACAACUGGGAGCUGUGGUGCAUGUACAUCAACCCCCCCAAACAGUGGUGGGAUGAGGGGGACAUAUCCGCUCCCAUCAGGACUCCCGCCAUGAUUGGCUGCUCCUUUGUGGCCAACCGGGACUACUUCGGCGAACUCGGCCUGCUCGACUCGGGCAUGGAUGUCUACGGAGGGGAGAACAUCGAACUGGGCAUCAGGGUGUGGCUCUGUGGAGGCAGUAUGGAGGUGCUGCCUUGUUCCAGGGUGGCUCACAUCGCACGGAUGAAGAAACCCUACCACAGUAACAUAGCUUUCCACACGCGGCGUAAUGCUCUACGAGUGGCUGAGGUCUGGAUGGAUGAGUACAAGUCCAAUGUCUACCUGGCCUGGAACAUCCCUGUGGAGAACCACGGUAUUGAUUACGGAGACAUCUCUCAGAGGGUUGCACUGCGGAAGAGUCUGCAGUGUAAAAGCUUUGAGUGGUACCUCGACAACGUUUACCCAGAGAUGAGGAGGUACAACAACACGCUGUUCUACGGCGAGAUUCGGAAUUCUAAAGCGAGCCACCUGUGUAUGGAUCAGGGUAUGAAGGAGAACCACACAGCCACCCUGCACCCCUGCCAUGGAUGGGGUCCUCAGUUGGGACGUUACACCAAAGAGGGUCAGCUGUUCCUGGGCCCCCUGGGCAGCACUGGAGAGGACACUCGCUGUGUGGUGGAUGAUCAGAUCAACAGUUUUCCUCAGCUCCUGAACUGUGACAAGGUGACCAAUGUGAAGCAGAAGACAUGGCAUUUCUCUCAGAAUGAAUCGAUGAUAAAUCGAGCCACGGGACGCUGUCUGGAGGUGGUGCCGGCUAACGUUUACUUCGGCCACCUGCUGGUCCUGCAGCCCUGCUCCGGGCAGAGGUGGACCAUCAAGAACAUCAUGAAGCAGUAGUCGGCAGGCCAAUUUCAUCGGGACCAAUGACACCAGAGGCCAUUUUCAAGAGGUGUCAGCUGACCUCAGCUUGGCCGAGGGACAACUGAUGAGGCGGAGGCUCCUCGGCUUCUCAAGAAAUAAACUGAGAUGGUUUGCUGUGAACAUCUCAGCGACAGAGGUGAUGGUUUUUUAUGAACUGGAUAUUCACAAUGAUGCAAGUUUAGCAUGAGGACUGUUUCUCUCUCCAUCUGAAUUUGACACACUUUCAAUGUGACGUUGCCAUAAUUCUUGUAUGUGCCACUUCUCUACUGUGUAACGGAGGUUUGAUUAGCCAAAACUGUGUUCUGUCUUAUGUUCGGAAAAAAUAAGGUUUCUAUCUUCAUCCUCAAAAUGUUUCUGCAUUCUUUCAUUCUGUAUCAUGUUAUGUCUUUUAAGAUGAGUAAAAGAAUAAAAUACCUGGAAUUAAAUUUUCAGUAACAUGCACUGAUCAAAAUACACUGGUAGUUUGUAAUAGGCUUCAUCCGUGGUUCAACAUUUUAGCUUAAGAUACCUGAAGGAGUGCCUACUUAAUGACAGGCAUACAUUUAACAGUUAAUUAAACAUCAAUGCCCAAAACUGAUUAUUAUUUUCUUCUUACAGAAGCCUGUAAAUAUUUAUAAUUUGAAGAACAAGGCAUUAACAAUAAAUAUUACUUGGUGUAUUGGAGCCUAUGUUUUUUUUGCAGUUAUUGUAAAUCAUCUCAAAAAUCACGUUGUCGAGGGCUACUGGGCUAAAUCAUGGUUUUAUAUGUCGUGGACGCAUUUGUCUUUUUUAUUGUUAUUUUUACUCAAAGCAUUCGGUAGCACCAAAUGCAGUACAUCUUGUAGCAUGAUUGUAAGUACUGUAUGCACAUGGGGACAAAGUUUAGUUGAGCGGAGCCAAUUUAUUCUGUUACCUGCCGAGUGCCAUAACUACUGCGGAUGGCCAAAAACGGGCUGUAGCCUGAAGCACUUUUGUGGACACAGAGGUGGAACUGCAGACUCUGAGAGGAAGAGUGAGUCAGUAAUGGAAAAGUGCACAAGUGUAUCGAUUGUGGAAAUGCUGGAGGCCUUUAAGGCUGAUAUUGUUCAUGUGUUGAGAUGUAUAUGAUGUCAUAUAUUCAAUUAAUUCAAUGUUAUCAGUUGGAUUUUUGCUCCCAAGAUUGUCUUCCAAUAAACAACUGGUUUCCUGGUU